GUAACUGUUACUCAAGUUGGGAGGCAUUAUAGGCACUACAAGGAAAAUUGGAAGUUCAUUGCAACAGCAUUAGGCAAGAGUGGGAACUCCUUUGACAGCUCAAGGUCUAUGGUCAUCAUGUCUGAGUCAGAUAAGGCUAAACUAUGUGAUAGGGUAAGAAGACUCCUCACCAAGCCUAUAAAAUUUUUCAAUGAGAUGCAAGAACUCUUUCAGAACAGCAGUGCGGAUGGUUCGCUUGCUAUGGAUGCCAACACUUGUAUGAAUGACACCCAAGAUGAUGAGGAUAAUGAUUAUGAUGAUGAUAUUUGCAAUGACUUCUCCAACUAUGCUCAGUGUGAGGAUGAUCUAGGUGAUGAUUCUGAUACUUUACCUUCUCCUAUAAGUGGUCAGCCUGUUAUGGCUUCACAAGUGGCUGAUCUAAGCUCAUCUAGCUCUGGAAUGAAGCGCCCAAGAAGUGAGGGUCAGCCACCUAAGAGAGAUGUGAGGCUAAAGAGCCGUAUAUCAAAGGUUGGAGAUACAAUUGCAGCUAUUUUGGUGGAACUUCAAAAGGAAAUGAAGAAGCCAUCGCCCCCUCCACCAGCUAUGCGUAGCUCUGAUGAUAUAUUAUGGGAAAGGCUUGAACAGAUGACAUUAACUACUGACCAAAAGUUGAUGGUUGGAACAUAUCUAGCAGGCAAAGAACAAAAAUGUAUGCGUGGUUUCUUAUCGGCUUCAGCUGAGGUAACAUUUCAGUCAUGGGUACUCAAGUUCUUUAGCGAUGCGGGGCUGUGAAUUGGUUUGGUGUGGGUGCUGCUAUUUUGUUGAAGUGCUCAGAUUCAUCGGAGUACUCAAGAUGGGUGAUGCGAAUGGAGGCUGACCGCUGUGAAUGGAGGCUGACCAUAGGAACUUUUGUUAACUGCUAGUGGUCUACUAUUUUAUUAAUCAGCACCAUUGUAAACCUGAUUAUAUGGAGCUGGUGAAAACUAUUGAUAACUGCUUAUAUGGGCUGUUUGUAGAGCAUUUCUUCUAGGCUG